UGAGCCAAAGUUUGUAACAAUGGAGCGUUUGGAGCAUUAAUUUUUUCCCUCUCACUUCGGGUGGUCGUACCCUAUGUUGGAAUGUACUCUUAAACUAGUAAGGUAACUCGGAAGAGAUCCGUCAAUCGUUCCCAUGAAAGCUGUUUUGAUUAUUUUAAAGGUUUGGAAGCUAUUAGCAGUCGUGCCACUUGGGAUACACAGGCAGUACUUGGUUGCGUUCACUUGUGUGUUUUUCCCUGCAUCAUUCGAUUGAAUGUGGAUUUCUUGCUUUAGAACAUUUUUGCCCUACAAGGAUCACUGGGUCAGUUUGUCUUCAACAUUUUCAACCCAAGUAGCAUGGCUGAACUGAAAGUGGACAGUUUAUGUCCAAAUGUUGAAGUCUGCCUUGAGUGUGGCCAGCAUCAUCUGCUCGCAGAGAACCAUUUGUACAAUUACCAGGAUGAUGUCGAUGAUGAACUGGCUUGCCAUAUAUGCCUUCAGCCUUUGCUUCAACCAAUGGAUACUCCUUGUGGACACACAUAUUGUUUUAAAUGUCUGGAGAACUUUUUGCAAGAGCACAGUUUCUGCCCUAUGGACAGAAAGAAAUUAAAUUUCCAACAGUGUAGGAAGUCUAGCCUAUUGGUGAGAAACUUGUUAGACAAGCUGCAAGUCUUUUGCCCAUUUCAACCAGACUGUGAACAGACCUUGCAGAGGUGCGAGUUAGAAGCUCAUCUAAAAAACAGAUGUGCUAUCCUUAAGAAACACAGGGCAGAAACAGAAAGAAAACGGAACCCAUCUUACAGAAAAAAACGGCAUCCCAGACAUGAUGGAGAGACUCGUGUAGAUUCAGGACAGCCUUUGGAAGUAUCUGUAGUGUCAACAGGAAGUUCAUCAUCAGCUGUUGCGCCUACAAGAACAGCUGAACCUGGACUAGUCAACCCAGCUUUUGAUGAGAUAGAAGAGGCUGAUCAACCACAGAGGUCCAGCCUUGUGGCUGAAACCACCACAGUUGAAAUCCAUCGUGAAGAUCAAGAUGAACAGCUUGGCAUCCGGAUAGUUGGGGGAAAAGACACACCACUCGGCAAUGUUGUCAUCCAGGAGAUUCACAGGGACUAUCUUGUGGCUAGGAAUGGGACUUUGGCACCUGGAGAUCACAUUCUUGAGGUGAAUGGAGUCAAUGUGAGCAGUGUAAAUCAUAGCUAUGCCAUCUCCUUGCUUCGGUGUCCAUGUUCCAUUCUCCACCUUACAGUCCUACAGGAAAAAGGAUUUUCAAACAAAAGCACCCAUCAAGACUCAUUUUCCAGCACAAACUCCAGCUCUCGGCAUGACGUUAUUCAGGCUGUUCUUAUGAAAAGGGAUAUAACUGAACCUUUGGGUAUUAAACUCAUUCGAAAGCCAGAUGAGGUUGGAGUGUACAUUCUGGAGCUCCUAGCAGGUGGCCUGGCUGCCAAAGAUGGGAGGCUGAGAAGCAGUGAUAAAGUGCUGUUUAUAAAUGGACAAGACCUGCGACAUGGGACCCCUGAAGUUGCUGCACAGAUAAUCCAAUCCAGCGAAGCAAGAGUUAAUUUUGUGGUCCAGAGACAGCUUAAUGUGUCAGCAUCAGAAAUGAUUGACGAAGCAGGAUUUUCCAGUAGUGGCAGUAGCAAUGGUGGUAGUCCUGCCCUUCACCGUAGGAGACUUGAACAGCCAUUUUACCAACGGAAGAUAACAUACCAGAAGGAUCCUCCUCAGGGAUUUUCCAGCUUGGAGAAGAUUAUUUCAGUGAAGAAGGAACCUCAGGAGUCUCUAGGUAUUACUGUUUCAGGAGGAAGAGACAGCAAAUAUAAACUGCCUAUUUAUGUUACUAGCAUUCAGCCCAUUGGUUGUCUGUAUCGAGAUGGACGGAUCAAAAGGGGAGAUAUUUUGUUAAGUAUGAAUGGCAUUGACUUGACCCUGCUGAGUUAUGGGGAAGCAGUUUCUGUCCUUAAAAGUCAUACAACAUCCUCUACAGUUGUGCUGAAAACUCUGGAAUGUCGGACACCAGAGAAAGAAACAGAGCUGGUAAGAGAACCAGCAGAAUCCUUAGUUGAAAGUGAGCGUGGUUGGACACCCUUGUGGAUUAUGUGGUUCUCCGUACCAAGCCACUUGCACUACUGCCAUGAUAUUCUUCUGCGGAAAAGCAACUCAGAAAGCUGGGGAUUUAGCAUUGUUGGCGGUUAUGAAGAAAACAAAGGGCAUCAGCCAUUCUUUAUUAAAACAAUUGUGCCCGGGACACCAGCCUUUUUUGAUGGAAGAUUGAAAUGUGGGGAUGAAAUUGUUGCAGUGAAUGGAGUUUCAACCACAGGCAUGAGCAAUUCUUCCUUAAUUCCAAUGCUGAAAGAACAGAGGAAUAAAGUUACCCUAACUGUAGUGUCCUGGCCUGGAACUCUUGUUUGACUGCAGUUUGCCAUCUUAACAAACAUCAAAGCAGACUAUGGGUUAUACUGUUGUUGAAGUUAUCACAUCUUGUGUACAGUAAGAAUUGUUGUUUUGACACUUAAUGUACCAGAAUAACAAGAAGAAGACGAAACUACACAAAUCAAAACCAUUAGCCGUGCCUUAGUUGAUGUGAACCGUCCUGACACUGUGGCCUUGAUAUCACACCUCAUAUUUCAAGUGCCUUUAAGAUAUGAUCUCAUUUGAAACAUUUGGUAGCACUGCAAUGUUUAGUAUUCAGGGUAUGGCACAUCACAUGGUUUGUAACUUUUUUUCUGGUUAGUCAGCAAAGGCUCUGUCUGAAAGAUGGUUAGUACCUCUUCUGGUUCAUGAUGUCUUGAACUGAGCAAAAAAAAUGUUUAUCUGCUUUCUGCAUUGUGAGUUUAAUAACCAAAAACAAGCAAGGGUAAAACAUUACUGCAUUCUUGGAAUUAAUCAUGGUUAAGUGUGUAUGUCAUUUUUCUUAUGUUUUUGAUUUAUGCCAAAAAAGUAAGAUGUGUUUUUAGAACCACUGCAGUAGUUGUCUCCUUGGCAUGACUGACCAUAUCCAUCAAGUACUUAAGUAGUUGUGAAGUAAUGGAGUAAUGUUUUAGUUGUUUGAUGUAGCUAGGAAGGCUAUAUAAGUCAGCAUUUAUAGUGGUAUCACAAUUCUUUAUUUAUUAUCUUUUGUAAUACUCCAGGAAUUGCUAAUUGUUUAUUGUAGCUUACCUUGAUGGGUUAUAGUAGCUAAUGUUAAACAAACCACCACGUUUUGCUUACAUUCUAGUUGUGCUGUAUGGUGACUGCAGUGCUUGAUACAGAACUGUAAUUGCUGCUAAAGAGAUAAUUGGUUUAUAGAAAGCUAACUUAAAUCUUUUUUAUAUAAUUCAGUUUGGACCCUGGUGCUACAGCUUAACCAUUAGCUUGGCAGGCACCCCUCCUAAUUGCUUCAGCAUUGGUACUGUCCCCCAACCAGUUCUGCAGUUACUGGUGAAGAGGGAAGGGGAGCAGGAACUGAAGAGUGUAAUUGAUCCAGUACUAUUUCCUAGAAGGUACUGCCAGUAUGAUAGCAAAAGGAACUAAGUGUCCUGUAAGUGGGAUCGUGUGUGUACCUGCAGUAUCUCCAUGCAUGUCUCGCAUCCCCUGCUUAGUGGUUAUUUUGAGAUGUAGCCUCCACCAGUGCUGCAGAGAAUAUGCCAGCAUCACCACAGACCUUCCACCCCCUGGAUAUGUCCUUUCUCUCUAUCAGCUGUUUGAUUUGCUCAUUCUCGUGGAGUUGCAUGGACCAUAGUUGGGGUGUUAUCCCUACAUGCUGCUAGGGCCAGUAUAAUCCAGUCAUUUGUUAACACAAACUUAUGGAAGUAUAUUUUUAACUUAAAUACCAGAGCUGCACCUGUAUAGAAGAUGCCUUGUAAUGUUUUGAUUUCAGAAGGACAACCUUUGUAUAAAUUAUAUUUUAAUUAAUUAAUUGAGGCCAGUGGCCAGUAAUAGCCUGUUUUUUUAGUACUGUUACAUUUGUCAUUUGCCUUAUUUAAUGUACAGGGACCUACUGUUUGUAAAGUAAACUCAUCAAUAUCUGCAGAAUGUCAGUGGGUAAACCCAUUUCUUCACUUGUGAAAACAAAAUAAAUUCUUAAUUAACCCACAUUUAAAUUUAGACAAAUAUAAGUGGAAUUUAAUUGCACCACAUCCAGAUUUAGAAGCAUCUGUGCAGAGGAGGUGGUGGUUCUGCAGAUGACCAUUGACUCUUUUGUCAUCACAACAUUAUUCUUCUCAGGAUUAUUGUCGGUAUGUCUCUUUUACCAAAGAAUUUUGUGUGUAUAUUUAAACUGAAUGCAGCACAAUUUAUGGCUUAAAAUAUUUUGAUGCCGACUGUAAUAAUUCUAAAUCAGAAUGAAUGUUUAUGCAUAUUAGCAUUUUUGACUCUUCUGUAUGUCUCUAAAGAGGUUAAUGCUAAUUGUUGGUUUCAAAAACCAAACAGUCCCUGUGUAAAAGAUUUUUAAUGUUUUUCAUUUAUGUAAAUACUGUUAUGAAAAAGUCUUCAUUCUUUGAGUGUAGCAGUUUUAAUUAAAAACAUUUCCUGUGAUGCUGUUGUAUGUAAAUGUGUUGUAUGUGCAGCUGCACAUUAGAAGUUCAUUCUUGUUGUUUAGGACAGGAGAUGGUAGCCUGCUUCAGCAUUGUUUAAGCUAUCUGUCACAUGAGCCACAUCAGAAUGUAACUGUGUAUACCAUAUGCUGUACAUUAUUAUGUAUGUUUUUAUGCAAAAAUUGGCUUUUACCUAAUUAAAAAAAAAAAAA